GCCUAGGCCUAGAGCUCUUAUGCUAUGCACAUGCAGGUUAUGCUUCGUAUGUGAUGGCUUGUAAUUUCUUUUCUGUUAUAUAUGCGCGCUGAUAUUGUUAUUGCGCUAUUAUUGAAUAUUACAUCUAUUUGAAAAGAAAGCUACAUUUUCGACAAUAGCGCAAUGUAAUAUUGUAAUGACAUAGAAGAAAUAACCUAUUGUGAAUUGGAAAAUAUGGGAAUCUAUCCAUUAAGUAUAAUUUUAGUAAAAAGUGACAGCAAAGGUGAUAGAUUAUUAUUUCGAUAUCCACAUAUGACUAAUCAUGUAAGGGAUUUGAAUCACUGUACAAAACGAAAAAACCCUUAUUCGUUGAUCAACACAGAAGAUUUAUUACAGUCUUUGCCAUUUCCAAUGUCAAACGUAAGUAAUGGAAAUUUAACUGGUUUAACUGAUGAAGUUCUUUCUACUCUAUUUGCUGUAAAGCCAGAAUUAUGUGAACAAAAGUUUGAACUAAAAGUAAAUGACGUUCGUUUUGUUGGACAUCCAACUUUAGUUCCAUCUCGUGGCUUGAAGGAAAUAAAUUCUUCGAUGCUCUUCAAUAUAGUUUUUGCACUACAAGCGCAAGCGAGUCAUUCAAUAGUAAGAUGUUAUUACGAUCUAAGCAAAAGAUUAGGCAUAGCAUUGAGACACGAAGAAAAAAGAUGUAGCUUUCUGACGGACGAGAUAAAGAUAAUGGUAUCGACGCACGAUGAGAUUGCUGGAAGGUCCGAAGGUGAAAGCGACUGCGACGAAUCACCAUAUGAAUUAAUCCUUCAAAGAAGCUCAUUGGCACGUGGUUUAAAGUCUGUGUUUAGCAAUCUCAGCACUUCUGGCAUCGUUAAUAUCAUAAUUAACAAAUGGAUUCAAGUCCGCUUCUGUCUUCCCCAGAAAAUUCAUCAAACGCAUAAAAAAGGACUAUUUAUAGAUCCCAAAAUUAUAGACAGAUGUUUGAACAGUUUAAGACCUUAUCAUGGCAUACUCUUGUUAACAGAGCCAUUGGAAUUGUUGGAGUCUUUACAAAUAGAUUGCUCUCCGGCACUGAAACGAUUGAUUCAAAUGUACAAUCCAUUGAAAAGUUUGCAGACUUUAGCCGCAGACUCUGAUCUGACACUCGCGCAGGUGUUUCAACUAACUGGCCAUUUAGUUUAUUGGGCAAAGGCUACGAUAAUAUAUCCACUUUGUGAAAGCAAUGUUUAUGUGGUUUCACCCGAUGCUGUUUUGACUAGUCCAUUACUCGAUUCUUUCUCCGAUCAUUUCCCAGGAAUUUGUUUACUUCAAGUAAUCAAUGAUUUCUCUCUACCAACUUCGAUUAGUCAAAAGUUGAAUCCUUUAAGUCAGCCGCAACAACAAACGCAAUUGGUAAAGAUAAUCAUAUGGUUAUUAAAAAAUCAUUUGCUCUUGCAGUUGCAUACGUACGUGCGAUAUAUACCAACGGUGUAUGGACGUUCGUCACUA